CCUACCCAGAACUCCACAUAGUUCUAUGACGAGCAGACUUUGUUUCUCCAGGCAAUCGCUCCUCCAAUCUUUCGCCGGUUCUACCUGUUGGUUGCAGCUCAAUCCUGUGUGCUUGGUAAGAACGGAUAAGAAUUUGAUAACAGCACUACUGUGAGCGCCUAACCCACACCCUUGUUGUCAUAGGCUUUGCUUUGUGUUUGCGCUAACUAUGGCAGGAGAUGACGACACGACGGAUGCACAGCUGCGGGACGUGCGGACACAAGUUGAUGGACUUGACGCGGACAUGAAGACGAUGCAUGAACAACUUGAUUCAUCGAUCACUUCAUUGAACGAGCGGUUCGACCAGCUAGACCUCGCUCAGACGACCACUACGACCACGCUCGACGACAUCGUGUCACAACUCGAUGCGUUGACUACGACGCUCACGGAGUUGCAGAAGGAUUAUGGCGGUGACAUGGAGCAGGAAGAUGGAGAUCACCGAGGGCGUGCCCGCCAUAUGGACAAAGCCUGACAUCCAACUCAGCUCCUGCUCUUCCCGCGCCAUCCACCACUAGCACUACACCGCGCGAGAGGACGGCCAAACCUGCAGCGCCCCCAGCUACAGGCGCUGUUCCUUCCACAGGAUGUACACGGGAUAUUCAGUGCCAUCGUUGCAAAGGAUUUGGGAACGUAAUUCGGGACUACCCCAGCAAGCGUACCUUACUCAUACGUGACAAUGGUGAGUACUCUUCCGCUAGUGAUUCUGAAGACACUCGACAUGCUAUGCUUUCCACUGACCAUGCAGAUAAUGAGGAGGUACAUGUCGCUCCUGGCGAUGCUGAGAGGUAUGAGAGUCUUGUUGCACAACGUGUUCUUAGUACACAUGUUGCCCAACCUGAGAACAAUCAGCGACACACUCUAUUCCAUACUAAAGGCAUUGUACAAGAACGGUCGAUUCACAUCAUCAUCGACAGUGGCAGCUGCAACAAUUUGGCGAGUACAACUUUGGUAGAGAAGUUAUCCUUGCCCACUCGUAAGCACCCGAACCCAUAUCACAUUCAAUGGCUUAAUGAUGGUGGCAAAAUCAAAGUUACACGUUCGGUACGUGUUCCCUUUUCCUUGGGCUCUUAUUCUGAUUAUGCUGAUUGCGAUGUUAUUCCUAUGGAAGCAUGCUCUUUGUUACUUGGUAGACCGUGGAAAUAUGAUACUGAUAGUUUACAUCAUGGUCGUUCGAAUCAUUAUUCUUUCAUGUUUAAGGGUCAGAAAAUAAUUAUCCAUCCCAUGACCCCUGACCAAAUUAUAAAAGAUGAUCUUGCUCGGGCUACAAAAACUGCAAAGCAACAUGCACCUAAGCCAUCCACCCCUGUUAAUGCUGAAAUCAAGUUGCAUGCUCCUGUUUUACUUGCUACACGUGCUGAUUUUGAUGACCUACAUGAUACUCACUUGCCCUGCAUUGCACUUGUAUGUUCUAGUAUGCUCGUUUCAUUUGAUGAUGCCCCGCCUUUGGAUAUUCCCCUUGCUGUUUCUAACCUUUUGCAGGAGUACGCUAAUGUUUUCCCUAUGGACUAGCCACCGGGUCUUCCCCCGCUUCGUGGCAUUGAACACCAGAUCGACCUCAUCCCCGGUGCCUAGCUUCCAAACCGCGCCCCGUACCGUACGAAUCCGGAUGAGACAAAGGAGAUCCGGCGCCAGGUGCAGGCGUUUGCUUGAUAAAGGUUACAUUUGUGAAUCUCUUAGUCCUUGCUCAGUUCCUGUUUUACUUGUUCCAAAGAAAGAUGGGUCAUGGUGUAUGUGUGUCGACUGUCGCGCUAUUAAUAACAUCACAAUUCGUUAUCGA